UCGAAGCCCCACUGAGCCUGCGUGCAGGGUGGUGUUUGAGAACGAGCAGGACAACGGGCGGAAGCGCAGCCUGGUGACCUCAGAGCCUCAGCACGUGACCCUCAUCGUCUUUGGGAUAGGGAUGGUGAACAGAACCCACCUGGAGGCUGACAUUGGAGGCCUCACCAUGGAAUCUGAGCUGAAGAGAAUCCAUGGCAGCUUCACCCUGAAAGAGAAGAUGAAAGAUGUGCUGCACCAAAAGAUGACUGAGACGUGUGCCACUGCUCACAUAGGAGGUGUCAAUAUCGUCCUGCUGGAGGGAAUUACCCCAAAUAUCCAACUGGAGGAUUUUCCUACAUCUCCUACAAGCACAGCCAAACAAGAGUUUCUAACCGUGGUGAAGUGCAGCAUCGCCAAAUCCCAGGCCCUGUACAGCGCCCAGAGGGGGCUGAAGACCAACAACGCGGCCGUGGUGAAGGUGGGCGCCAUCAGCAUCAACAUCCCGCAGCACCCGGCCACGCUGCACAGCAUGAUGGUGCGCAGCUCCCACCAGCUCUCCAAGCAGAUCUCCGACCUCAUCCGGCAGCCCUCCACCGCGCCCCAGCCGGCCAAAGAGGACGUGGCCACUCCUCUGCCCUCUGAGAAGACUCCAACGAGCAUCAAUCAAACGCCGGUGGAAACAAAUGAAUUCCCCCAGCUGCCCGAAGGCUUGGAGAAGAAGCCCAUUGUGCUGAAGUUCAGUGCCAUGAUAGAUGGGAUUGCCAUCGGGGCAGCACUCCUGCCCUCCCUGAAGGCAGAAUACAAGAUGGGAAGAAUGAGGAGUCAUGGAAUGACUGGUGCCCAAACGAGAUUUAAUUUUGAGCUUCCAAACCACAGACUACGCUUCACUUCCAAAGUUUCUGCCACUGACAUGUCAACCAUUCCUCCUUCGGCCAGUCUCAACCUGCCUCCUGUCACCAUGUCAGGGAAAUAUGUCAUGGAAGAGCACGACACUUACUCUGACCAGAUCUGGAGCAUCGAUGAGCUCCCUGCCAAGCAAGGCUACUACCUGCAGGGGAACUACCUGCGCUGUGUGGCUGAGGUUGGCUCCUUUGAACAUAAUCUCACGACUGACCUUUUAAACCAUUUAGUGUUUGUGCAAAAAGUGUUCAUGAAGGAAGUAAAUGAGGUCAUACAGAAGGUCUCAGGAGGGGAGCAGCCAAUACCUCUUUGGAAUGAACAUGAUGGCACAACAGAUGGAGAUAAACCAAAAAUUCUUCUCUACUCAUUGAGCCUGCAGUUCAAGGGAAUUCAGGUGACAGCUACAACUCCCUCAAUGCGUGCUGUGAGGUUUGAAACGGGCUUGAUAGAACUGGAGCUCUCCAACAGACUGCAAACCAAAGCAAUGCCUGGAAGCAGCAGCUACCUCAAACUGUUUGGGAAAUGCCAGGUGGAUUUGAAUCUGGCACUUGGACAGAUUGUUAAACAUCAGGUUUAUGAAGAAGCUGGCUCAGACUUCCAUCAAGUUGCCUAUUUCAAGACAAGAAUCGGAUUAAGAAAUGCUCUCCGAGAAGAAAUCAGUGGCUCAUCAGACAGGGAAGCUGUGCUCAUUACCCUGAACAGACCCAUUGUUUUUGCCCAGCCCGUGGCCUUCGACAGAGCUGUGCUAUUCUGGCUGAACUACAAGGCAGCGUAUGACAACUGGAAUGAACAGAGAAUGGCUUUACAUAAAGAUAUUCAUAUGGCCACAAAAGAAGUGGUGGAUAUGCUGCCUGGAAUCCAGCAAACCUCUGCGCAGGCUUUUGGGACCCUGUUCCUUCAGCUGACUGUCAAUGACUUAGGAAUUUGCCUGCCCAUCACAAACACACCCCAGUCUAAUCACUCUGCAGAUCUCGACACUGGCUCUGCUUUAGUCCUGACCAUUGAAAGCACACUCAUCACUGCCUGCUCCUCAGAGUCUUUAGUUAGCAAAGGUCAUUUUAAAAACUUCUGCAUCCGCUUUGCUGAUGGCUUUGAGACAAGCUGGGAUGACUGGAAACCAGAAAUAAGAGGAGAUCUAGUCAUGAAUGCAUGUGUUGUGCCAGAUGGUACCUAUGAAGUGUGUUCUAGGACAACGGGACAAGCUGCAGCAGAAAGUAGUAGUGCUGGAACCUGGACACUGAAUGUGUUGUGGAAGAUGUGUGGUAUUGAUGUCCACAUGGAUCCAAACAUUGGGAAAAGACUGAAUGCUUUGGGCAACACCCUCACAACAUUGACAGGAGAGGAAGAUAUUGAUGACAUUGCUGACCUCAGCUCUGUGAACAUAGCUGACCUUUCAGAUGAGGAUGAAGUUGACACCAUGUCUCCCACUAUACAUGCAGAGAUCAUUGAUCACCGGCGGCAGGGAGCUUCCAGUAUCCAAACUGGAGAACAGCGGGGAAGGAAAUUUAUGAAGCGUUUAGUUGAUAUUAGAGAGCUCAAUGAGCAAGCGAAAGUCAUUGAUGACUUAAAGAAAUUAGGUGCAAGUGAAGGGACCAUAAACCAAGAAAUUCAGCGCUAUCAGCAGCUGGAGUCUGUGGCUGUGAACGACAUCCGCAGGGACGUCCGCAAAAAGCUCCGGAGAUCCAGCAUGAGGGCUGCCUCCUUGAAAGACAAGUGGGGUCUGAGCUACAAACCCAGCUACAGCCGAUCUAAGAGCAUUUCGGCAUCAGGGCGGCCACCUCUGAAGAGAAUGGACAGAACAAGCACUCGACUGGGAGACAGUGAAGACCUCCCAGAUAUCCGUGUGGAUGCUGCAUCCCCUGGGCCAAGAGUAACCUUCAACAUACAAGAUUCUUUGAAUCAAACAGCUUUGGGGGUUGCACAACAAUCCAGCUGUCCAGGGGAAGGGUAUUUUCAGUUUCCAGAGGAGACAGAAAUGGACCUUUUGUCCGUAACUAUUGAUGGUCCCUCCCAUUACUCAUCUACUAGUGAAGGCUCAUGCUCGGUAUUUGGUUCACCCAAAACUCCAGUAGUCUUCUCACCCGGCAUUCCCUUCCAGCCUGAAGAGGGACGCCGGGAUGACAGCUUAUCCUCCAGCACUGAGGACUCCGAGAAGGAGGAUGACCAUGAAAGGGAGAGGACGUAUUUUUAUAGGAAACCACCGGGCACCUCUCGCAAGAAAGCCAUGGGCUUUGCUGCUGUGCAUCAGCUGUUCACCGAGCGCUGGCCAACAACACCCACCAACAGGAGCGUCACUGGCACCACCACCGAGAGAAACAUCGACUUUGAGCUUGAUAUCAGGGUUGAAAUUGAUUGUGGGAAGUGUGUGCUGCAUCCCACAAUGCUCCAGCAAGAGCACGACGACAUCAGUUUGCGAAGGAGCUAUGAUCGGAGUUCCAGGAGUUUGGAUCAAGAGUCUCCUUCAAAAAAGAAGAAAUUUCAAACUAAUUAUGCAUCUACUACUCACUUACUCGCUGGCAAGAAAGUGCCAUCAUCUCUACAGACAAAAUCCAGCGAUGUGGAAACAACAGUGUUUUAUAUUCCUGGGGUGGAUGUAAAGUUGCACUACAACUCCAAGACUCUGAAGACUGAAUCGCCAAACACUUCUCGAGGAUCCUCUUUGCCACGCACCCUUUCCAAAGAGUCCAAGCUGUAUGGUAUGAAAGAUACUGCCACAUCUCCUCCUCUCUCUAGCACUAUCCACAGCAAGACUAACACCUUACUUCCUCCCCAACCCCCACCCAUCCCAUCAGCCAAAGGGAAAGGAAGUGGUGGAGUGAAAACUGCUAAACUCUAUGCAUGGGUUGCACUCCAGUCACUGCCAGAGGAGAUGGUGAUCAGCCCCUGCCUCCUGGACUUCCUGGAGAAAGCCCUUGAAACCAUUCCCAUCACACCCAUUGAAAGGAAUUACACAGCUGUUAGUUCCCAGGAUGAAGACAUGGGACAGUUUGAUAUACAGGAUCCCUUAGAGGAGUCCACAACAUCAUUGGUGUCAUCCUCAACAUCGGCAUAUUCCUCCUUCCCUGUAGAUGUGGUGGUUUAUGUACGAGUCCAGCCCUCUCAAAUCAAGUUCAGCUGCUUGCCAGUGUCCAGAGUUGAGUGUAUGCUGAAGCUGCCUUCCCUGGAUCUUGUUUUCUCUUCCAACCGAGGAGAACUGGAAACUUUAGGCACAACAUACCCGUCAGAAAGUGUGUCCAUUGGUGGCAGUACUUCACAGAGUGGCUCAAAGAAUUCAGCUACUAAAUCUGGAGCACCAGGUUCAUCGCCUGGCCUUGGCAGCCCUCUGGGCAGGACGAGGCACAGCAGCAGUCAGUCAGAUCUGACAACUUCCAGCAGCAGCUCUUCAGGCCUGAGCUUUACUGCCUGCAUGUCCGACUUCUCCCUUUACGUGUUCCAUCCCUACGGAGCUGGAAAGCAAAAAUCAGCCGUGACUGUGCUAACCCCUGGAUCGGGAGCCUUGGGGAACGUGGAUGAAGAGCCGACUUCGGUCACCGGCCGGAAGGACUCCUUGAGCAUCAACCUGGAGUUUGUGAAAGUCAGCCUGUCACGGAUCAGGCGCUCGGGAGGCUCCUCCUUUUUUGAGAGUCAGUCUGCGAGCAAAGCUGCCACCAAGAUAGACACCACAUUGAUCAACAUAUCUGCUGUCUGUGACAUAGGAUCUGCUUCUUUCAAAUACGACAUGCGCCGCCUCAGUGAGAUCCUGGCCUUUCCCAGGGCUUGGUACAGGAGAAGCAUUGCUAGAAGGCUUUUCCUGGGUGAUCAGACAAUAAAUCUGCCAGCAUCAGGCCCUGGCACACCAGAUUCAAUAGAAGGAGUGAACCAGCACCUUUCUCCUGAAUCCUCAAGGAAAGCAUACUGCAGGACAUGGGAGCAGCCCUGCCAGUCUGCUUCCUUCACUCACAUGGCACAGUCACCCAAUGUUUUCAGUGAGCACAGUGCCAGCAGCAGUAUGUCACCUGGGACAGCGUCUCACAGCCUCAAGUCUCCAGCUGUCACAAGAUCCAGGAGCGUAUCUGACUCCUCAGUGCCUCAGAGAGAUACUCUCUCAAAAACAUCAACUCCAUUUAAUAAGUCAAAUAAAGCUGGAAGCCAGCAAGGAACACCAUGGGAAACACUGGUUGUGUUUGCUAUGAACCUAAAACAAUUAAAUGUUCAAAUGAAUAUGAGCAAUGUAAUGGGCAAUACUACGUGGACCACCAGUGGUUUGAAAAGUCAGGGCCGUCUGUCUGUGGGAAGUAGCAGAGAUCGGGAAAUCAGCAUGUCUGUGGGCUUGGGAAGAUCCCAGCUGGACUCCAGAGGGGGAGUUGUCGGAGGUACCAUAGAUGUUAACACCCUGGAGAUGGUGGCUCAUAUUUCUGAACACCCAAACCAACAGCCCAAUCAUAAAAUUGAAAUUACCAUGGGUUCUACUGAAGCACGUGUGGACUACAUGGGAUCCAGUAUCCUAAUGGGAAUCUUCAGUAAUGCUGAUCUUAAACUGCAGGAUGAAUGGAAAAUUAAUUUGUAUAAUAAUCUGGAUUCAAGCAUGACUGAUAAAAGUGAGAUAUUUGUCCAUGGGGACUUGAAAUGGGAUAUCUUCCAAGUGAUGAUUUCAAGGUCAACUACGCCAGACUUGAUAAAAAUAGGAAUGAAACUCCAGGAGUUCUUCACUCAGCAGUUCGAUACAAGCAAGCGAGCUCUGUCCACCUGGGGGCCUGUUCCUUAUCUCCCUCCGAAAACAAUGGCAAACAACCUAGAGAGAAGCUCACACGAACAAUUGUUGGAUGCAGCCCAUCAUCGCCACUGGCCAGGGGUUCUGAAGGUGGUAUCUGGGUGCCACAUAUCCCUGUUCCAGAUGCCACUGCCAGAAGAUGGGAUGCAGUUUGGAGGAUCCAUGAGCCUGCACGGGAACCACAUGACCCUGGCUUGUUUUCAUGGACCUAAUUUCCGCUCAAAAUCAUGGGCCUUGUUUCACCUGGAAGAACCCAAUAUUGCGUUUUGGACAGAAGCCCAGAAAGUUUUGGAAGAUGGUACCAGUGAACACUCCACGUACAUUGUUCAAACCCUGGACUUUCAUUUGGGCCAUAACACCAUGGUCACCAAGCCCUGUGGGGCCCUGGAAAGCCCCAUGGCCACGAUCACAAAGAUAACGCGGCGCCGCCACGAAAAUCCCCCCCAUGGAGUCGCCAGUGUGAAGGAGUGGUUCAAUUAUGUGACAGCCACGAGGAAUGAAGAGUUGAACCUGCUUCGGAAUGUUGAUGCCAACAACCUAGAGAGCAGCACGACAGUGAAAAGCUCAAGCUUGUUAAGUGGCUUCAGGGGCGGCUCCAGUUACAACCACGAAACUGAAACCAUCUUUGCGUUGCCAAGGAUGCAGCUGGAUUUUAAAUCUAUUCACGUUCAAGAGCCCCAAGAGCCUUCAUUACAAGAUACAAAUGUUAAACCAAAGGUGGAAUGCAGUGUAGUAACUGAAUUUACAGACCACAUCUGUGUGACUAUGGAUGCUGAACUGAUCAUGUUUCUGCAUGACUUGGUGUCUGCUUAUCUAAAAGAAAAAGAAAAAGCAAUUUUCCCUCCUCGCAUUUUGGCUGCUCGUCCAGGGCAGAAGAACUCUGUUGGUGUCCUUGAGGACAGCUCCACUGACAAAGAGGCAGAGGAAAGCAUUACCUACACUACAGUUGACUGGAGGGAGUUCAUGUGCAAUACUUGGCAUUUGGAACCUACGCUCAGACUAAUAUCCUGGACUGGGAGAAAAAUCGAUCCUGUUGGUGUUGACUACAUCCUCCAAAAGCUGGGCUUUCACCAUGCAAGGACUACUAUCCCUAAGUGGCUGCAGCGUGGUGUCAUGGAUCCUUUGGACAAAGUUUUGUCAGUUCUUAUAAAGAAACUUGGUACUGCACUACAGGAUGAAAAGGAAAAGAAAGGAAAAGACAAGGAAGAAUAUUAAAAGUACAAUGUGACAACCCUAACUCCAUUUGAUUUUAUCAAAGUGUUUUAUUAUAUUUUAAGAACUUAAAUAUGGUUUAAAGAGAAACCUAACAGCUUUUGCUACUCUAUUUAAAACUUACAUUGUGAGUAACUGUUUACUGUGGUACUUGAUACCAAUCUGUAUUUGAAGUUAUUGCAUGAUGAUGAUGAUGACCAAUGUAUAUUCUGUGAAGGAAUAGCUGGAACACUGUAAAUCUGCUCCUCAGCGUCCAUUUUAUGAUGUGCAAUAUGAUCCUGCAUCUUUACAAUACUUGCAGAUUAACUGUGAAUUUUCUUAAAAUUUUACUUGCCAUAACACAAACCCCUUGUUGAUGUGACCAGUAACUGAUUUGUCAAUGUAGACUGGUGUAAAUUAUAUAUAUAUAUAUAUAUAACUUAAGAAACUGUGAUUGCCUUAGUGCUAAAAAUCAUGAAGUUUAUUACACUUGUAAUAAAAUUUAACUACUGUA